AUGAAUUAAAAUCAAGAUAUAGGGUUUCUAUUACCAGACGGGAACAUUUAAAAUAUUAAAAUUCAAAACAAUAACUUAGUUUUUUAUAGAAAUAUUUCAAAAUGUAAAUUUCUCUAUUUUAUUUUAGAGUUGAGAUUACCAUGUCCCGAUGAAUUCAUUGCAGUACUUGAUUUAAAAACGAAAAAACUGAUUAGCAAAUUCAUUGAUAAGUUGGAACAAAAUUGCACUUAUAAAUUAUUCAAUAUACAAGAAGCAAUAGCCAUAAUUUAACAAAAGGACUAAGAAAUAAAUUAAUCAAAGGAAGAAAAUAAAAAUUUGUAAGAAUAAUAUAAGAAAGCUAAGGAAGAAAUUAAUGAUAUUAAAGCCAAACUAGAUUAAGAUGCGAAGAAUUCAGAAACAAAUAAAACUCAAUCAGAUAAAAUAAUUAAUGAACUUAAUUAAAAAAUAAAUGAAUUCAAUUAGAAAAUAAAAGAAAUUGAUCCAAAACUAUCAGAAGCACAAAAUAAAAUAAAGGAAUAAUUAUAAGAUCUAGAACGCGCAAGAUAUGAUUUAAAAUAAGCAAAUUCGAAACUAGAAGUGUGGAAACAAGAUAUGGAAAAAUAAUUGGUAGCAAAAGACACUAAAAUUUAAGAAUUAACUAAUUAGGGUAUGUAAUAAGAUGCUUACAUUUAAAAUUUGAUCACUUAAUUGAAGUAAGAAAGAAUGAAAGUCACUUCAAUUUAAGAAGCUUGCAAUAACUAAAUGUUGGCAUAGAUGUAAUAAUGGCAAUAAUACUUUGUUUAAUUAGAUUCUGAAAAAAAAUUAAGAGAAUAAGAGAAUUAUGAUAUAACCAAAAAAAAAUAAGAUUUAGAGGUAGAAGUGAAGAAAUUAAAAAAGAAAUUAGAUGAUGAGGAAUAGACUAAGAAGUUGGAAAUAGAUUCAUUAUAAAAUGAAAAAUAGAGUUUAGAUUCAUAAAUAACUAGAUUAAGAAAUUAGGUAAGGGAAACAGAAGCUAAACUUGCAUAACAAAAGCGAUAAUUAGAAGAUGGUAAAUCACAAGAGAUUAAUAUAAUAAAGGAAUAAUUGGAUAAAGCUAAUCAAAAAUGCAAGAGUUUAGAACUAAAAUACAAAUAUCAGAAUGAUGAAAUGGAAAGAGAAAUUUAGUAAAAGUAAAACACCGGAUAAGUGAAAGAAGAAGAGAUCCAAUUGUUAUUAAGAUAAAUUCAAGAAUUAAAAGAUUAAAAUGAGAGAUUAAGUGAAGAAAUCGAUGUGCUUUAAGCAAAAAAUACCAAUAUAACAUAAAAUCUUAAUAAUUCCCAAAAUCUUUAUAGAGAUUUAGAGUUUAAAGCAACUAAUCUAGAAGAUAAAUUGAAAUCAGUCUAGGAAGAGUCCAAAAGAGAGUUGACUUAAAAAAAUGAGAAAAUAGAAGAAUAAAAGUUAGAAUAUUAGAACAUUUUAAAUAAGAAAGAUCAAGAACUCUAGGGAUUCAUCAAAAAGCAAGAAGAAGUUGAAGAAGAAUUAAAAAAUAAAAUAAAGAAUUUAUAAAAGGAAAAUGAAAAAGUAUAAUAAGAUUUGGCCAAAAUAAUGAAAGAGAAACGAGAAGUUGAGGAAGAAGCAGUAAAAGAGAGAUAGAAUCUUUAAAAAGUGAUUGGCGAAGCCGAUAUAAUGAUGUUACAGAAGGAUUAAGAACUUGUAGCAAUAUAGAAUUCAGCUGCUGUGCCUGCUUAUUAAUUUAGAAUAUAACGAUUGGUCGAAUAAGUACCAAGAGAAUAUAGUAAAGAUAUUGAAUUUGCGAUUGAGACUAUGAUGUUUGACAAAGUAAAUCCGGAGGCUUUUCUAAAAACUAAUUAAGCAUAGUGUUAAGAACUAGAGUUUAAGUUGAGUCAUGUUCAGAUAUUACAACAAAAAGCAGAAAAAACCCUAUAUAAUAUCAGUGAUUAGGAUUACAGGUAAUGUGUAAAAAUUGUUCCUAUUGGAGAUAUGACUGGUAUUCAAUGUUUCGCUCCUGUUAAGUCAAGCGAUUAAUCUUUAGAUCGAUACUUCUUUUUCAAAUGCUAAAAAUGUCCUGAUAAUAAAAAGCUUGAAGGCAAAAUCUUUGGCAUAAAACAAUUUAAGAAAUAAGAUCUUGAGGAUUUAGAGACACUAGAAACAGCAACUGACAAUUGUAUGUCUACAGUCAUUGCUUAAGAAUUCAUGAGGCAAUUUGUGUAGGAAUUAACUGAAAAAAAAGUGAAAAUAGAAUUUGACUUCAAAUUUAGAGAUUAGUAUAUUAUUGAAGCAAAAAAGAGUUUUAAGCAAUAUCUAUAAGAAUAAAUUAAAGGGUAAUAACUUGUGCUUUAAAAUGAGGGCAUAAAAAAUUUCGUAGAAUUUGUUGAAGCUUUGGAUGGCGAGUAAUCCAAUGAUUUUUACGAUUAUACUAGAGAGUAUUAGUUGGAUAAAAAGCAACCUAAAGAUGGAAACAUUAUUAAAGCAUAUUUGGAAAUUAUCAAGGAUAAGAAACUUGAGGACAUCUAUAAAAAGUUUAACCCAGAAACAAUUAGAAAACAGCUGAGUCAUUUUGUUGACUUUAUUGGAGGGAAUAUGAAAGAAAUGCCAUAAAAACUUUGUUACGCCAUCUAGGAAAUUGAAGUAAAACCAGAUUUCUUAAAAUACAAUGGAGGACAUUUGAAAUUUGAUAGUAGUCCUGAAGGUAAAUUCUUAUCUGCGUUCACAUAUUACUCCAUUGUAAAGAGUUAAAGAUAGCUAUGCAUUUCUCAUAUGCAAGGAGUAAAGAAUCAGAUAUAUGAUCCUAUGGUUUCAACUUAUGAUGGCUUUUUGGAUAAAAUGGAUUAAGGAUAUAAUGAAAUAAGAACUAUUGAAUCUAAGUUUUUAUCUGAACCCAACAUUAACAAAGGAGUAGAAUUCUUGAAAGCACUAGGUAUAAAAUGGAAUUGAAUUAUUUAACAUAUAAUAGAAUUAGUUC